UUGAUGCUGCGGCUCCUGUUACUGGUAAGAAGAAAAAAAACAACUGGUAAAAGGUUAGCCAGCUAAAUACAGCUAAUUUAUUCAUUGAUUCGCGUCUCUGAAGAGGAGCGGAACUCUUCAAGCCCCUGAGGACUGUGGGUACCGAGGGCAGCAGCCAUGUCCGGCUCCUACGAUGACUCCAUGGUCGAUGUCUCCAGUGACAGCUUCUGGGAGGUGGGGAACUACAAGCGGACAGUGAGGCGGGUGGACGAUGGCAGUCGCCUGUGUAACGACCUGAUGAACUGUCUCCAUGAGCGGGCGCGCAUCGAGAAGUCCUACGCACAGCAGCUCACAGAGUGGUCCAAACGCUGGAGACAGCUUAUAGAGAAGGGCCCUCAGUACGGGACCCUGGAGCGGGCGUGGGGUGCCCUGUGCACGGAGGCGGAGAAGGUGAGCGAGCUCCACAUGGAGGUGAAGGCGGCGCUGAUGGGGGAGGACUUUGAGAAGCUCAAGGUGUGGCAGAGGGACUACUACCACAAACAGAUGAUUGGAGGCUUCAAGGAGACCAAGGAGGCUGACGACUGCUUCCGCAAGGCCCAGAAACCCUGGGCCAAGAAACUGAAAGAGAUGGAGACGAUGAAGAAGGCGUACCACGGGGCCUGUAAGGAAGAGAAGCUGGCCACCAGCCGGGAGAACAACAGCAAGCUGGAGAACAACAGCAACACUGAGGCCCAGAAGAAACUGCAGGACAAGGUGGAGAAGUGCCAGCAGGAGAUGGAGAAGACUAAGGAGCGCUAUGAGAAGUCUCUGGAGGAGCUGGACAAGGUGACUCCCCAGUACAUGGAGAACAUGGAGCAGGUGUUUGAACAAUGGCAGCAGUUUGAGGACAAACGCAUCACCUUCUUCAAAGAACUUCUGCUGGAAGUCAAGCAUCACCUCGACCUCUCCACUAAUCACAAAUUCCAGACAGUCUACCACACGUUGGAGGACACGAUCUCUGCUGCUGACGCUGUGGAGGACCUCAAGUGGUUCCGCUCCAACCACGGUCCUGGCAUGCCCAUGAACUGGCCCCAGUUUGAGAAUGUGGACUGGUCCCGCUCCUCUAGGUCCAGAAGGUCCAUUGUAGACUGGUCCAUAGAUUUGAACCGUACACUGAGUCGGCGAGAGACUAAGAAGAAGCCCUCCGAGGGAGUCACCCUGACGGGCAUCAGCCAAAUGGAAGAGCAGCAGGCAGCCAAGAGCAGCAGCAGCCUGACUGUGCCCACUAGCACAGAGCCGGUGGGUUCGAACCCCUUUGAGGAUGACGACGACGAGGAUCUCCAGGGGACCGUGAAGGAACAGCCCGCUGUCGUCAACAACAACAACAGCAGCAGUCCGCUCAAUGUCAAAAAAGUGGAGGAAGUGAAAACCGCCAGUAGUGUGGAGAAGUCGCAAGAGUGGUCGGAUGAGGAGACUGGGGUGAACCCGUUUUCCAUUGAGGAUGCCAACGGCGAUGGGAACCCGUUUGAGGUGGAGCCGGCGUCCUCGGGGGUGUCUGUGGCCGUGCGUGCCCUCUACGACUACGAAGGACAGGAGCAGGAUGAACUCAGCUUCAAAGCAGGCGAGGAGUUCACCAAGAUAGGAAACGAGGACGACCAGGGCUGGUGCAGAGGGCGCCUGAAAGACGGCGUGGUGGGCCUCUACCCCGCCAACUACGUAGAAGACAUCCAGUAAUGACCGAGCCAGGGACGAGGAGGAAAACGAGAGAGGAUGGGGUGAAGAGGAAAAAGAAAGUGGAGGAGAUGGGGCAGGAGGGUGGGCAUGGUAGGCCUCGCAUUCACCCCUCUCACCCUCUCCCCCUACGUGGUAGUGAGUGAGUGAGUGAGUGAGUGAGUGAGUGAGUGAGUGAGUGAGUGAGUGAGUGAGUGAGUGAGUGAGUGAGUGAGUGAAAGGGGUGGCAGAAGGAAGGGGUUUGCCCAUCGUAGAGGAUGAUGUUGUAGCUCUCUGUUGUAUCUUCCUGGAUCACAUGUCGUUAAGCACAAAUCUUCCUACAACUACAGCCUGCCCUCAUUGUCAGCCUUUAUGAUGGGACACCCAGUACAGAGUCUAAAGCCAGCUACAAAAGCAAAUGUUACUUAAAGCCAUUACUGUUACAGAAGAAAAUAUAUAAAAAGCUAUUUGAAACAUGUUACCUUCCAAUUGUAGCUUGCAGUUAUGAAGACGUUGAAAGAAUUAACCGAUUUAAAAGAUGUGAACAGACAUGGGAGAGGAUAUACAUGUGUCCCAUUCACGAGGUCGAGCACAUUUUAGAUUUGAUUUGAAACUGAUUGGAGACCUAAAAGUAAUCUCAGUUGAAUCUUUUAAUUCAUUUUUGUCAUAGACAAUUGGUGAUACAUAUUUUUAGUUCUAUAGAUCUGAUUCUAUUGUAACACCAAUUUGCAGUCCAGGAUCUGAUUUGGUAGUCUUAUGUUGAAAUAAGGGGAAUUCCUAAUUGCAUGUUAUUUCUUGCUCUGUUUUGAGCGUCCUUCACCCCAUCCUUUUGACAGUAAUCAAGGUUUUAUUUUUUUUCCACAUGAAAGCCAUUUGUCUGAAAUAUCAGAACCUACAUCCCCAUUUUCUUAUUUGACUUUUCAAAUGUUUUGAGAAAAGGGCUUGGAAUUCAUGGCAGUGCCGGUUCAGAACAAUUAUCUUUCUUAUCUGAUGCUUAUAGUUCAGAUUUGUCUUGUUAUGCCUUUUUUUUGUAUUUUAAAUCUGAUUUAUGUUUUGCUCAGCGAAUAGUUGAUGAAUGAGAGAAACCGAGAUGAUGAAUUAUAUCCAGUUCUUCCACCAUCACCAACCAGCCUGGUCUCAGAGCAUUUCAUAUUAUUCUGUAAAUGCUCUGAUACCAUGUUGCGCCAACCCACAUUUUAACAAUAAGUGACGCACUCAGAAGUUCUCCUGUAACCUUUACCCCUCAACUUUAAUUGAUUGUAUAUUCUUUAAUUGUUUCAUUGUAUCGGCUCACCUAUUGAUUGUACACGUUUGCUGGUCAUUCUAGUAUCAGGGACAUUCACCAGGGCACAUAGGACUCUGGCCAAACGUAGCACACUAUGUAGGGCAUAGGGUGCCAUUUGUGACAGCCUCUAUUCACUCAAUUGACUUCACAUUCUGUUGGUUGAUUUUUACAUCAUGUGGAUGUUGUUUUGUCUUUCCACACUGAAUGUUUGGCAUUAAGGUGUGUCACUUGAAGCCAGGACCUUUCGCUGUAGCUUGCACUGGAUGUCCAUUCAAAGCUUUGGGAGAAUAUACUUUUUUUUGUGGCAGCAAAACAAUGUUGCACGUUCAGCAAUAAAAACCACAGCUUUUACUGUUUUUCACAAACUAGAGGGUCCGAUUUAAUAAAAGUAUGUUUGCAUGUAAAUAGCGAGGAACCUAUGAACAAAUUUAAGCAGUUAUAGAUUAGGGAGUUGUGAUUUAAAUUUCUAUUUGGAAAUCAAAGACUGUUAAUUUAUAAGAUGCCUUAAGUGCUUUUGUUCUCUGUCAGAUGAAAUGCUGUGAUUCGGAAACAAAUUGUACAAUAAUUGAAUGUUUUAUGGCGAA